AGCCGCGUUACAGCAAGUCGUCACUCUAGCGGCAAAAACAGCAACCGGUGUUUUCGUGCAGUCUCUUGCAGCUUUCUUCCAGUUCACAGUUGUUCAAUCAGUUGUUUUUAGUCAUUUCAUUUCAUUUGAUUUAACCCACAAGCAGCAUUAUGAUCAAAAACGUUGUCUCUCUUGUGACUGGCGGUGCCUCAGGCCUGGGCCGUGCCACAGCUGAGCGUCUGGCGAAGCAAGGAGCCAGCGUUGUGCUCGCCGAUCUUCCCUCAUCCAAGGGCAACGAAGUGGCCAAGGAACUGGGAGACAAAGUAGUCUUUGUGCCCGUCGACGUCACCUCUGAGCAGGAUGUGAGUGCAGCGCUGCAGACGGCCAAGGAUAAGUUUGGUCGCCUCGAUUUGACGGUGAAUUGUGCCGGCACAGCAACGGCUGUCAAGACAUUUAACUUUAACAAGAAUGUCGCCCAUAAACUGGAGGAUUUCCAGCGUGUGAUCAACAUUAAUACCGUGGGCACAUUCAAUGUGAUUCGCCUGUCCGCUGGUCUGAUGGGCGCCAAUGCCCCCAAUCAGGAUGGCCAACGUGGUGUCAUCGUUAACACCGCCUCCGUUGCUGCUUUCGAUGGACAGAUUGGCCAAGCUGCCUACUCCGCCUCCAAGGCUGCUGUGGUGGGCAUGACGCUGCCCAUUGCUCGGGAUCUGAGCACUCAGGGCAUUCGCAUUUGCACGAUUGCGCCGGGUCUGUUCAACACUCCCAUGUUGGCUGCGUUGCCGGAGAAGGUGCGCACGUUCCUGGCCAAGUCGAUACCGUUCCCGCAGCGUCUGGGCGAGCCCAGCGAGUAUGCUCAGCUGGUGCAGGCCAUCUACGAGAAUCCGCUGCUCAAUGGUGAAGUUAUUCGCCUGGAUGGCGCCUUGCGUAUGAUGCCCUAGAAUGUUGAAUCGUUGGGAUUCCUUUCCUAACUCGCUCAGAAUCAGGAUUGCAUUUAAAUGAGAGAAGAAAAUAGGAGCCAUGGGCUUGUAGUAAAUAAGUUGAUUGUGUUUGCAUUAAACAAAUUAAAAUGUUCAGAAUAAACUUUUUAAAAUUA